GUUUUUAACGAUACCUACCUCCAACUCCAGUCUCCAACCUUUUCGUACUCUUUUUCCUUGUCUCCGAAAUCUUUCACGCAGAGGGGGUCUAUCUAUCUGUCGCCAGUUGGUAAUUGAAGAGCGGAAAGAAUGUCGGGGAAAGGCGCAAAGGGUUUGAUAAUGGCAACCCCUGCCCUAAACAAGGACAAGAAGAAGUCUACCACUCGCUCCUCUCGGGCCGGUCUUCAGUUCCCGGUUGGUCGAAUUCACCGGCUCCUCAAGACAAGGGCCACAGCCCAUGGAAGAGUUGGUGCAACGGCUGCCGUAUACUCUGCUGCUAUCUUGGAAUAUCUGACUGCUGAAGUUUUGGAGCUGGCAGGUAAUGCAAGUAAAGAUCUGAAGGUUAAGCGCAUAACUCCUAGGCAUCUGCAGCUUGCAAUUCGCGGUGACGAAGAACUUGAUACACUCAUCAAAGGAACAAUAGCUGGAGGUGGCGUGAUUCCUCACAUUCACAAAUCACUCAUCAACAAGUCCUCCAAGGAUUGAAAUAAUGAUGGAUUCGUAUAUUGUUAACUAACUUUGGUAGAAUGAGAUUGCUGUUUCCAUUUUGUGACAUCUUAUUAAUCCUUGAGGUUUCUUCUCCAGUAAUCAAAGGAUAUCCCCCUCUGAAGUAGUGGUUGAGGGACAUUUUGCAUGGUUGUGUAUUAGUAAUGCAGUCUGAAUAUAUACAUACAAUAUAUAUACAUUUUAGGUAGGUUAUAUCUUGAUCA